GGAGUGACAUUUCCAAUGGGUGGAGAAGAGCAUCUGUGGUUACUCGCUAGUUUAUGUCAGGUGAUCUUGCUGACCUGUGAACAGCCUUUAAACCCUGUUGAAGUUGAAGUUAUAUUUCAGUCCUUCCCAUCCACUGAAGCUUCAGACACUUACAUAAUCACCUGUAGGACUGCAAGUAACCAUCUGGUGUAUGUGGAACCCAUUUCCCCUUCAGCAUGCUCCCCUGAUUGCAAAAUGUUGCUGGGAUUGGUUGAGGACCCAAGAGGAUACAACAUCACAUUAACAUCCAGCAGAAAUGAUGCUCCUCUUGAGGCAAAGACUUUUCACUUUAUUCCAGUCUUCUUGUCCUCCCUUCAUGUAUACAGCACGACGACUACUGCUCUCCUGACAUGGAAACUUCACAGGCAACAAAGCUUAUCCACCUUCAGUCUAUACAACACUCACGCACAAUCAGUCACACACAUCUUCAACAUCAACUCGUCGGAGGCAAAGUCUCAGUACACAGUGAAAGGGCUCCAGCCUGGCACACGGUUCAAGGCCAAAGUUGUGGUGAUGACAUUCCUCGAACACCUUAAUAUGACCUUGAAGCAGAGGCUCUACAUUGGCACGGAAACAGCUCGGUGUCCCCCUGACUGGUUAGCCAAUGGGAGAAGCUGCUACGCUGUGAUCAGGACAGGUUUGACCUGGAGUGAUGCCCAUCACAGCUGCAGAAACCUGGCAGCUGGAAGUCACCUGGCUGACUUGAAGACCCUGGAAGAUCUGUCCUUUAUGUCUUCUCACCUGCUGAGCCACAACAAUCUUCUGCUGCUGUGGACCGGACUCAAUGAUCAGCAGGAGGAGGGACGACCUCGCUGGUCUGAUGGCUCAGCCCACAACCUGACGGACCUGAUAUCAUCACUGCCAGCCAAUCAAACAGACUGUUUUGCCCUUCAGAGGAACGCAACAGGACCAGGGCACUUUCUCACCCCAUUCUUCUGUAACAUCCCAUUACCCUUCAUCUGCCAGUACCAGAUCCCUUCAGUCCCUGCUUCGUUCGCCUUUGACCUGGUUCAGGUGACAGAGCAACAGGUAGAGCUUCGUUGGAGUGACCUUUCACCCUUGAACUCACUUAAUAUUUCAUCUUUCGAGAUAUUCCUCCAGUAUCAAGAGGAGGCAAAUGGAGAGUCUGGUCAAGGGGUGGAAGAUAGAAGCAGAAAACCUGAGGUCAAAAACAGGACACAGACCCAGAGCAGUGUUAAAAAAAUUGUCAAGGUCCCCAUUUCCCUCCUCUCUAGAGGGGUUACCGUGGCAGGUUUGUUUCCAGGGAGCGUCUACUCUUUCACCCUUCGAGCCGCUCACCCUUCUGGCUCCACCUGGAGCUUAGGACAAACUCGGACUGCAUACACUAGACCUCUUCCUCCUCGAAAUGUCACCGUUGGGUCCGUUACUGUCAGUCAGAUUAGUGUCCACUGGAUGCUGCCAGGGGCAGAGUUAAAGGUUGGAUGUACAUUUAUUGUGCGCUGUGUAGACAUGUCUUCAAGGCAAGAGAGGAUAGUUGGA